CUUCGUAUCAUGUUGCAUACCUAACAACAUCAGAUCGCAGAACCACUGCCGGUGCCGAGACGGGCAUGCUUUGCUGCAGAUGAAGACACAACGGGGGUCUGUUAUGUUAUGCGGAACAAGACUUGAUAUCUGUACAUUUUUUAUUUUUGACACAACACACCCGUCAGUGGAGUGUGCAGUUUUACGAUAGCAGACCGAGUGCGGCAUUGUCGGUGCCCAUAACACUAAAAGUUAAUAAAUGGUGUCCUCAAGCCACUUCUGUGAACAGCGUGCAACGCCAGGAAACAGGUUUGUGGUUAGUUCUAUGCGUUGAUGCUGCCAAACGUUGUUUUGUUGUUUUUUACGGUAAGGUACACAGCAUUAUUUUAUUGUCUAAAUUGUGGACACGUGCAUUUUAAGUGUAUUUAAGGUUUACAAUGCAAUAUAAUAGUUCUGAAUGUAACUUUCAUUACAUUUGUCUUUUUUUUUUCGUUCAUUAUUUCAUCAUAUUUUAAUGGUAUUAUUUAUUUUUUUUGUUCCAUAUUUUCGCUAUUUUAGAUUAGCUAUUGGCUAUCUUACAAAACAUGUCUACUUAAACAUGUCUAACAUGUAUUUUUUUUUUAAGAACACUUAUUUUAUGAUUCAAGAAAGUGGGCUGGUAACAUUAUAAGUUACUGUGACUGCUGCUUGAAAUGUUGCUGUUUUGAGUUAUGUAGGCAGUAUUUAAUUAACUUUAAUUUGUUCUUUUGCGAGAUUCGGUGUGGGUUAGGGUGUGGGCGUUAGGGUGACUUCAAUGAAAUAAACGAGGCAUUAUUAAUUAACCUAGAUUAUGUAUUUAUCUUUGAUAUUAAGAACCAAAAGCAAAUACAAACAGAAGCAAAGAUACCCACGGUGUUAAAUCGUCGGAAAUGCUACUUUUUAAGUAGUUCAUUUUAUAAGAAGCAUCCAAAUAUCCUUAUUGAAAUCAUACGUUUUUAACGUGGCUAGAAAGUUUUUAAGUCAUACUAUAUUUUGAGAUCAAUUACAGCAAGUAGUUUCACCGUACUUGGCAAUUGCAACGCCGAAUUCCCACGUCAUCUGGUCAGAAAUGUGUGUCCGUCUCCAGACUACUGGAUGUGUUCCUCCUACCAAACGAGAGGAACAAUUUCAAAUUCAAUGCAUGGCUCACAGGAAUAUUUUUUUAAUUGGUCUUUUCCGAUAUGAAUUAUUCAUACUAUCUUUCUAUGUUUUGUUGUUGGAAAGUAUCUUUCCAAAAUUUGAAAUAAACUGCGUUUAAAAAAAAAAAAAUAUUUCAAUGCAUACAACGCAUUUAAUAAGCCCUCCCAUUGUAACUUAGCCGAAUUUGUUUGUUCAAUCUACUAUAUAAACCAUAUAUUUCUUUCUAGCCACGCUACAUUCUCUCUAACCCUUGUACCCACUUACACACCAACCAGUGUUCAUAUAAUAUUCAAUGACACAUUUUUUAUGUUCGUCUCACAAUCUGAUAACACUACAAUCUCAAAGCUGUUUACUUAAGUGUGCGAAAUGGCACACCAUUAUUCCUUUACAACUCCAAACCUCUGUUUCGAAAAUGGUUCAUAAAGAGAUAUCCUCCACACAAAAUGUGCUUCAUUGUUUGGACCAUUGCGCCGUCUGCUAUCUGGAUGAGUUCACCAGCACCCUCCAAGUCAGUGUUUCCCAACCUUUUCUAGUCUCUGCACCCCACUACGAAUAAUUUGAAUAAUCUCUAAACCCCAACGAACUGUUUCCCUUAUUCUCGGACCCCAUACAAAAGUAAGAGUGGAUUUUAACUUUUGAAAAUAAUUGACUUCUAAAUUAUUUAUUGAGUCACAAAGAGAACUGUAGAUCUUAGAAAAUAUACUUGUGAUUUGUGACAUAAAGUUAGAACGGCGAUGAAGAACUUUUGAAAAUACAUCAACAUUUAUGUCAUAAUUUAAACGCUGAUGGUUCUCCUCUUCUUAUAAUCACUCUUCCUCCCACCUUCCAGCAAUACCAUCUCUCGAUCCCUGAAAUACCAUCUUUCACCCCCGUGAAUACCAUCUUGUACCCCCUGAAAUACCACAUUUCGCCCCUUAAAAUGCCAUCUCGACCCCUGAAAUACCAUCUUGCACCCCCUGAAAUACCACAUUUCGCCCCUUAAAAUGCCAUCUCGACCCCUGAAAUACCAUCUUGCACCCCCUGAAAUACCACUUCUCGACCCCUCAAAUACCAUCUCGAAACCCCCUAAAAUACCACUUCACACCCCCUAAAAUACCAUCUCGCACCCCUGAAAUACCACCUGGUACCUCUUGAAUUCCAACUCGCCCCCCCCCCUUGCGGAUGCAAGCACCCACGGUUGGGAAUUCUUGAUGUAAUCCAAGAAUCAACUGUAACUAACCAGCCACCUCUAACGUCACCAGCCACAUCUAACGUCACCAGCCGCAUCUAACGUCACCAGCCGCAUCUAACGUCACCAGCCGCAUCUAACGUCACCAGCCGCAUCUAACGUCACCAGCCGCAUCUAACGUCACCAGCCGCAUCUAACGUCACCAGCCGUAUCAAAACACCCUCCAUUCAUCGCCCCAAGUAUUUAACCCAUUGGCUCUUCCUGGCACACGUUCUUCCAAUGUAUCAUCCUGUGUCAGAAGGCGAAUACUUUAUGUUGAUCAUAUAUGACCUUUAAAGCGUGUCUAUGCAGUCAUCAAUGACCGUAACGGCAUUGAGGGGGCCAUAGUCUUUUCACAGGUGGGUUGCCCCACCGACCCAAGAAUAAACCUAAUCUAGUAAGGGGGCUCUUUUUAUAUAUAUAUUUUCCAUAAUGUUACUACACGCAGCAAAAUACAACUCUGCAAUAACUAGGUUUAGUACCGCUCCGGGUGGGCCCAAUUUUUCCAGGCCCACCACCCCCACCCCCCUCUUUCUUCCACGAAAAAGCUUCUCACUUGGCCGAAAAUGUAAUCCAUUUACAUAGGAAAAAUAGGGCGCCCACCGUCUCCACACCCCCUCAACUAUAAUAUGUGCUUAUAUUUUUAUAAAAUAGAUGCUUUUAUUUUUUUAUAAAACGAUUGCUUAUAUUGUUAUACGGUCAUUUAUUACAUUGAUAUAACGUCAAUGCUUACACAUUUAUAAAGUCACUAAUUAUAUUGCUAUAAAGUCAGUGAUUACAUUGUUAUAAAGUCAGUGCUUGCAUUGUUACAAAGUCAAUGAUUACAUUGUAAUAAAUUCAGUGAUUACAUUGUUUUAAACUCAAUGAUUACCUUGUUAUAAAGUCAGUGCUUACAUUGCUAUGCAGUCAGUGGCGUCAAACGAUCGCAGUCAACUUAUUCUUAACAGAUUAUAUCAGCUCAGUCGACAGCAGUUUACUUUACUUUUAUGCACGUUUUCUUCCAACGGCACUUCCUUUACCUUACCCCAUCAGCAUAUGACAAACCUAUCAGCUCUGUGACGUGUAUUUUUGUAUUUCAGGGUUGGCCAACCAAAUACCCAACCAUGAUUAUGAGCUGAAGCGCAUCAGGAAAUAAAGACUCUUCCCAAAUUCGACGGUGUGCUGGCAAGAUGACAUCGGGAAAUAAAGGCACUUUAUAGUAUAAGCAUGUCGAGAGCCUUUUAAGUAUCAGGAAGUAGAGACACUUUAUUGUCAAAGAAAUCAAAGACACUUUUAGAUAUAAGAUAUAAGGACACUUUUUCGUAAAACAAUGUCCAGAAACUAUAAGACAUCAUUAAAUCUGCUUUGCUUUGAACUAGAGACCGACCGAAAGUGAUUUUCUGCAAAAUAUUUUUUUUCAACAGGGUCUCUAAAAAAUGAGGUUCUAAAAGAUCGCCUAAUUUGUUUUUAAAGAUCGUUUAGUUGGUUGUUAAAGAUCAUUUAGUUUGUUAUUAAAGAUCGCUUAGAUUGUUCUUAAAGAUCGCUUAGUUUGUUUUAAAAAUCGUUUAGUUUGUUCUUAAAUGUCCCUUAGUUUGUUGUUAAAUAUCGUUUAGUUUGUUCUCAAUGAUCGCUUAAUUUGUUCUUAAAUGUGGCUUAGUUUGUUGUUAAAUAUCGCUUUCACUGAGUAUUAAAAUGACCGAAAACCUGAGUCACUUUUCCGACCGAAAGUCUAAGUCAAUUUCGGCCGAAACCGAAGAAAAACCGAAAGUUAACUUUUCUCUUUCGGCCGAAACCGAAAUUAAGUCGAAAAUUAACUUUUCAGUUUCGGUCGAAACCGAAACUUGGCCGAAAGUGAUAAAAUGGCCACUUUCGGCGCCGAAACUGAAGCCGAAGCCGAAAUUCGGUCGGUCUCUACUUUAAACGUCAACAAAGAUCUCCCUAACGCUAAUGACCACUGAAAGCAAUAACUUUGUUAUUAUAUUAAACGUGAGUUAUGUAAAUUAAUUGAAUAUAUAAAGUCUUUUUUAAAUUUAAAUAUAAUUAUGUCUGUGCUAAACUAAUUUAUAUAAACGAGGAUAUAUUUAAAAGUAAAGCAAUGGUGUAAAAUUAUGAUGUUACGGUUUUAGAGAGACAUAGCAAUAGAGUAAUAAUUUAAUUUUAAUCCGUUUUUAUUUUUCUUACAGCGUACAAAACUGACCCUAAAAUAUAGCUUUCUUUUCCCCAGCUAUUGACCAAAAAAAAAAUUAAAAAAUGAGAAUAUCCAGAUCAAGCAAAAAGUGCCUGCUGCUGGGAGUCUUUCUUCUCAUUCACAUGGUCUGUUUGUUGCUCAUCGCCGCACAAACCUACAUGGCAUGGAGAUCUUCGGAUAGGUUCCUAAGCGAAGACCAAACCGUUCAAAUGAAACAGUUCGGACCAAACCCAGUCUCUGGGCAGCUUAGAUCAUCUCGAUACCAGUACUUUCCGAAAACAGCCGUUAACACGGGCAUCAAUCCAAAAUUAAAUGCUGACCAGGGUCCCAGUCCGAAACCAACCAUUGGCCGGGGCGUCAGCGGCGCCCCAAAGACAACAGUGAACACGGACGUGGCGGCCAAGCUGGAGGGCAUGAUGCACGAAAUGAACGCCAGCCAAGUUUCCAACGGCGCCGUGUACCCCGCUAAAAGAAUCGGCAGCUACCUCUGGUUGAAUCCAAACCUCUGCAGCGGCGUCGCGCUCGUCGACAUCAUCAUCAUAGUGCACACGGCUCCGGCCAAUCUGGAACGCCGUCAGAGGAUCAGGGACACGUUCGGUCACGAGCCGUCGUUUCUUCCGUUUCACGUGCGCGUGGCGUUCAUGCUGGGCAAAACGAUGAACGUGACCCUGGCAAAAUGGCUGCGGUCGGAGCACGUGACCCACAAGGACACGGUGAUGGGUGACUUCAUCGACGACUAUCACAAUCUGACCCUCAAGGGCGUCAUGGGGUUCCGAUGGGUCGGCGAGUACUGCGGGAAUUCCAAAUUCGUGCUCAAAAUAGACGAUGACGUCAUGAUCAACAUGUACAAGCUGCUGUACUCGUUUCUGAACUACAUGGGCGCGAAAAGCAAGUCGAUCUUUUGCAAUCUCUGGCAUCGAGACAGAAGCCAGAUCCUCCGAGACGGCAAGUGGAAGGUCGACCCGCGCAUCUUCGCCAGGCGGCAGACGUACCCUUACGACUACUGCAGCGGUUUCUCGGUCAUCCUCACCUCCGACCUCAUGAGACCCAUGGUCGAAGCGGCCAACACCUCGCCGUUCUUCUGGAUUGAUGACGUGUACCUGUUCGGGAUGCUGCCCAUCAUCGUCGGCCAGGUCACUUACUAUAAUUUUGCCAUGGACAAAAACAUCACCAAGAGCGAAGCGCUGGCGAUCAACUGCACGAGAUCACAAGGUCCGCGGUGUCCAAUCUACGCCAGUCUGAUCAGCGAUGAAACGUUUUGGCCCUUUUGGAAAAUGAUAUCAGACAUUUACACGACAAGCUUUUGGCAUUUAGAGAAUAAAACAAUUACAUGA